CGCAGAGAAAAAGAGAGAGUUGACUGAACAUCGACGCUGUGAUGGAGGGUGAAGUCCGGCCUAGGAAGCUUCAGAAGCUGGAGCAUGAUGGAUCUGUUGUUUCUCAUGCUGAGGAGCAAAAUGCUGACUUGAACAAUGGUGACAAGCCAGCAGUGAAAGAGGGUCAACAGCCUGCCGACAAUGCGAUCGGUUCUUUGCUGUCAGAAAAUGAUACAACCGGUGAUAAUGAAGAAGUCGCAGCUGGAGAUGCCGCUGGCCAAAAUGCCCCCUUAUCAAAGAAACAGCAGAAACGACUGCUGAAAAUGAAAAGAUGGGACGAGCAAAGAGAAGAACGUCAGAAAUGGCGCAAGGAAAAGAGAGACCAGCAAAAGCAACGGAAAAAGGAACGCAAAUUGAAUGGCGAGGAUGUUGACGCCGCCAAAAAGAAGAAACACAGCUCACUUCUUGUCCCGGUAACCUUUGUCAUUGACUGCGGCUGGGAUGAUUUGAUGAAUGAUCGAGAACGUAUAUCGCUUGGUUCGCAGGUCACGCGAGCAUACUCGGACAAUACAAGAGCUCCUUACAGGGGCCAUCUUGUGGUGUCAUCGUUUGACAAGCUGCUUAAAGAGAGAUUUGACACAGUUCUUCGGAAGACUCACAAGAGUUGGAAGGGUAUACGAUUCAUUGAUGAAGAUUUUGUGCAAGCUGCAGCACAGGCUAAAGAGUUUAUGAAAGAACCAACAGGUGGACAGAUAGCUGGGGUGUUCAAAGACAAGGAAGGCGUCUCUCCUGAGGAAGGGGAGAUCAUCUAUUUGAGCAGUGAUAGCUCCGAGACGCUUACCGAGCUGAAGCCAUAUAGCACCUAUAUCAUUGGAGGCCUUGUCGAUAAGAAUCGGCACAAAGGAGUCUGUUAUCAGAAAGCUACGGAAUUAGGUAUUAAGACGGCGAAGUUACCUAUAGGGGACUAUCUACGCAUGGCUUCAAGACAUGUGUUGGCGACAAACCAUGUUCUUGAGAUUAUGUUGAAGUGGCUUGAGUGCGGCGAUUGGGGGCAGGCUUUCCUCGAAGUUAUUCCACAACGGAAAGGGGGGACGUUGAAGACAGAUGACACUACGCAAAAGGACGAAGAUGAGGAGGAGCUAUCUGAUAUUGAGCACACCGAAGAUGUUGGGGAGCCAGAUGAUGUGGAAACAACCGUGUCAAAGGGCUAGUAAACUAAAUAUCUUCUCUCAAGCCGAAGUUUUCAAUAAUACAUUGAUUGAUAAUAUCUAUUAGUAUAAUUAA